AUGGCAUCUCAUACUGCCGAUGAAUCUCUCAAGCAUGGAGCUCACCAUGUCGAGGAAGUGUUUGGUGCCCAUGCCAUCGUGGAUGCCAAGCAUGCGUCUGAUGCUGAGCACAACACUCCCCUGAUGCAAGUCAUCAAGAAAAAUUGGAAAGCUAUCGCCUGGUCCAUGGCCAUGUCAAUGACUGUUGUCAUGGAAGGCUAUGACACUAUCCUCAUGUCCAGUUUCUUUGCCUAUCCGUCCUUCGCCAUGAAGUUUGGUGCAUACAAUGCAGCUACUGAUGACUACCAACUUACUGGUGCUUGGCAAACGGCUCUCAACAACGCUAGUAACGUCGGCAUUGUUCCUGGCAUCUUCUUGAACGGAUGGCUCGCUGCCAAGUAUGGCUACCGCAAAGUCGUCAUCGUCGCCCUUUUCUUCCUCAACGCCUUCAUCUUCAUCACCUUCUUCGCACCCAACAAACCUGUCCUAGUAGUUGGACAGAUCUUGUGUGGACUUGCCUGGGGCGUGUUCGCCACCAUUGGUCCUGCCUAUGCAUCUGAGAUUGUCCCUCUACAGCUCAGAGGUUAUCUGACUUCCUAUGUCAACUUGUGCUGGGCCAUCGGACAGUUCAUUGCUGCAGGUGUCCUCAAAGGCCUUGUCGCCAGGACCGAUCAAUGGUCAUACAGAAUCCCCUUUGGUGUCCAGUGGGCCUGGCCAGUACCUUUGAUGGUUGCAUGUUUCCUCGCACCUGAAUCUCCCUGGUACAUGGUGAAGCUCGGCAGACUUGACGAAGCUGAGCACAUUCUCAAACGUAUCUCAAGCGACACAAGCGAAGAUGAGAUCAAGGGUACACUCGCUAUGAUGGUCCACACAACUCAGAUCGAGACUCAACUCGACAACGAAGCAUCACAGACAUCCUACUUUCAGUGCUUCAAGGGCACUGAUCGCCGACGUACCGAGAUCUGUUGCAUGACGUUCAUGGGUCAGCUGUUCUCCGGCUCUUGCUUCGCAUACACACCCACCUACUUCUUCCAACAAGCUGGUAUCAAAGACACAGUGUCAUACAGCAUCGGCCUCGGUGGUACAGCAGUAGCUUUCUGCGGCACUAUCGCAUCUUGGUUCAUCCUCGCCAAGGUGGGCAGAAGAAAGAUCUACACAAGUGGCAUGGGUAUGCUCUGUAUUCUUCUCCUGAUCAUCGGCAUCGUCUCCGUAGCAAGCAAAUCCGACGGUGCGAAGUGGGUUGCUGGCGCUUUGACAGUUGUUUGGCUGUUGACCUACUCCCUCACCGUCGGUCCCGUCGCCUACACAAUCGUCAGUGAAACCUCCGCCAUCCGAGUCCGCGCAAAGACAGUCUGCUUAGCCCGUAACUCCUACGCUCUGAUGAACAUCGUCUGCUCCACUCUCGAAUCCUACUUCAUGAACCCCACCGAAUGGAACCUAAAAGGCAAAACCGCCUUCUUCUGGUUCGUAACCUCUCUCCUCACCUUCAUCUGGGCAUACUUCCGUCUCCCAGAAGCAAAAGACCGAAGUUAUGAAGAAAUGGAUUUACUGUUCACAAAGGGUGUUUCUGCGAGAAAGUUUGCAGGAUACAAGAUUGAUGCUUAUGCGGGUGCUGCGGUGGAUAGCAAGAGUGAGAUUUUGUUGGAGGAGAAGAGGGCUGAGGCUGGAAAUUAA